AUGUUGGCUGCAACUUCCUCCUCAUCCACACCUAUUGUUAAAAAGUAUUUGGUUGAUGCACAAAAUCAAUACACGAAAUUUCAUUAUUUCUGGAAACAAGACUCGGUCUUUUCACAAUGGCACAUGCGAUCCAUCACGAUCGACUCGAUCACAUUUUCAUGUUGUGAACAAUACAUGAUGUAUCAGAAAGCCAAAUUAUUCCGAGAUGAUGAUGUGGCUCAACAAAUUUUGAAAACAUCAUCCUCUCAGAAAAGCAUGAAAGCUCUCGGAAGAAAGGUCAAGAACUUUUCCAAUGACAUUUGGGAAGCCAAUCGAGAGCGAAUUGUCUAUGAAGGAAAUUAUGCCAAAUUCACUCAACAUUCUGAUUUGAGAAGAACAUUGUUGGAAAAUGUCGACUGUGAAUAUGUAGAGGCAAGUCCAUACGAUGCCAUUUGGGGAAUUGGUUUGUCGCAAGAUGAUCCAAAAGCAAAACGAAGAGAAACUUGGAAAGGUUUGAAUUUGUUGGGUCGAGUGUUGACUCAAUUGAGAGAGGACUUGAUUUUGGAAUCGAAAGGUCAAUAA